AUGAAGGCCUGGCGUGCUCUCUCUCUCGUUUUCUGGGGAGCAGGACUCCUCGUUGCUGCACUACCUGCACAAACAGCACUACCAGAACAACUACCUGCAGCAACACCCUCGCCCACUCCUACGCCGACGGCAACGCUCGAACUUCGUGCAGCAGCAGCUUCUUUCACUGGCGUCCAUAUCACACCCUACUCAUAUAGCCAUGUUUCUCUUUCUCUGGAUCUGCCGUCGUCCACCUGUACCCAGACCAUCAAACCGGACAAAAAUGGCUAUGUACCUCCAGGAACGUGUGGUUCGCUAUAUGAGUAUUAUCCAUCUUUUGGCGCCGCGAUUGUGUUUUCGGUCCUCUUUGGAAUACUCUUCAUCGCCCAUCUUGCCCAGGCCAUCGCGCACAAAAAGAGUUUCUGCUGGGUUGUGGUGAUGGCCUCAUUUUGGGAGUUCGCAUCAUACGGCUUUCGAACGGCCGGCACAAGAAAUCAGCAAAGUACCACUUUGGCUACUCUGUCUCAAAUUCUGGUCCUGCUGGCACCCAUUUGGGUCAAUGCAUUCGCUUAUAUGGUGUUCGCUCGCAUUGUACAUUUCUUCGCGCCUACAAGGAAGGUCUGGAAGAUCAGCCCGUCUAUCAUGGCGUUUGUCUUCGUUACUUUGGACAUUACCUCCUUCAUCAUUCAGCUCAUUGGUGGUGGCAUGGCCGGCCCUGGAGCCACUCCAGAAGCACAGCAGAAGGGUGUCCACAUCUACAUGGGCGGCAUCGGGCUUCAAGAAUUUUUCAUCGUCUGCUUCAUGGUGCUGGUGAUCAAGUUUCACCUUGAACAAACAAAAGCCCAGCGGUCGGGACUCGUGACAGAAGCUAAAGUGCGUUGGAGAUGGAUUCUGUACGCGCUCUACAUCUGCCUGUUGGCCAUCACAGCGCGCAUCAUCUUUCGUCUCGUCGAAUUCUCCCGGGGCUUUGGCGAAGAUAACCCUCUUCCACACAAAGAAGGUUAUUUCUACGCGCUGGAGGCGGUCCCUAUGUUUUUCGCCAUCUUGAUCUGGAAUGCUCUUCAUCCGGGAAGAUAUAUGCAAGGUCCCGAGUCAAAAUUACCGCCUAGCUGGCUCAGCCGCAAACUUUGUUGUUGCUGUCACCGCAAAGGAAAGCCUCGUGGUGGCGGGCAUGAGAGACUGGCAUCUAAUGCAAGCUAUGAGGAACUCAAAGCUUUGAAGUCUAGAGAACCAUCGCCGAUGCCAAGGGGAAGAGUUGGGGAGCCUGUUGAGUCUAGGUAUGAGCCGUUUCAAGAGAGAUUGGCUCCGCAAGAGUCGUAUACAACCUACGCUCCGGCCAGCCGAGGGAACAGUCCUGGACCACCAGCCCCUGAGCCUAGAAGCUGGACUGGACCAUGA